AUGCCUCCGCUUUUGGAUAUCAAAAUCAUAAGGAUUAUUUCCAGGCACUUUGCACCGAAGGUUGCAAGUUGGGGAGCGAGUGAGCAAGAGCUUUACUUCAGUCAGAACUUGCCGGUUAGACAUUGCGGCUAUUUGGAUGAUCAGUUCAACCAAUUGCAGAAAUUAGCUGAUGAGAGUUGCCCAGAUUUUGUUAUUGAAGUUGUAACCCUUUUCGUUCAAGAAUCUAAAAAGCUCCUUGACAAUUUGAGAAAAGCUUUUGAGCAUCCAGUUGUAGAUUUCAAUCAAGUGGCAAAUCAUGCUCAUCAGUUUAAGGGGAGUAGUUCUAGCGGUAGGUCAAAACAAAGGAUAAGUGAAAAGAAGAGCCGAAAAGUUUUGUUGAAGCUGAGGAUGAAGCCUAUCACUGGUGUCAGCAUAGUCACUAUUUUGUUUGUCAUCUCCAAGCCUGAUGUCUUCAAGAGCCCAACAUCAGAUACAUAUGUUAUCUUUGGUGAAGCAAAGAUUGAAGAUUUGAGCUCACAACUUCAAACUCAGGCCGCAGAGCAAUUCAAGGCUCCGGACUUGACCAAUGUCAUCUCCGAGAAUGAAAAUUCAUUGAAAUAG